AUGGCGGGAAAGACGGAAUUAGGGUUUCCAAAGGCAAGUGCUUGUAGUUUAAGAGAGCAAUUAGCAAGAACGACGCUGCGUCAUGUGAGAUUGCAAGGGCACAUCUAUGUUGAGCUUAGGGAAGAUGGGAAGAGAUUCAUAUUCUUCUGCACAUUGUGUCUUGCUCCAUGUUAUAGUGAUUCAGUGUUGUUUGAUCAUUUGAAAGGUAAUCUCCACACUGAAAGAUAUGCUGCUACUAAAGCUACGCUGCUGAAACCGAAUCCGUGGCCAUUUAAUGAUGGUGUACUUUUCUUCCAUAGUUCGUCUGAGUCGGACCAGCAUUUGUCCACGUCAGAAUCUAGUCAUAUUAAGCCAUUGGAUAAUAAGAGGGAUGAUGAAAAUGAUCUUGCAAUUGUUCGUUAUGUUGAAAAUUUAAAUCCCAAUAUUGAUGGACAUAUUUCACCUGAUGGGUCUGGCUGUGAAAACAGUAUUGAUUCUUUAGGGGCUGACGUGGAUUGUGAUAAAAGUUCCUGUGAUGGGGGUUUGAAUGGUAAUAGAGAGAGUCAUGAUUUGCUGAUUCCAGGUGUUUUGUGUAAAGAUGAAAUCUCAGAUUUGGCAGUGAGGUUUAUGGGUGUUGGGCAAAUUGCUGCUAGGUUCUGUGAGAAGGAUGGAGUUUCAAAUGGAAUGAGAAGAAUUUGGUGCGAGUGGCUGGGCAAGAAGAAUUCCAGUUAUGAGGGCGCCCUUAUUAUUCCAGACCAUGACUUUGCAGUUUUGACAUUUCCUUAUAACUAUGACUUAGGAAGGAAGGGGUUAAUCAAUGAUGUGAGAUAUCUGCUUACAUCUAGUUCUCAUUCGGAUUUCGAGGGACAUGGAAGUGCUAGAAAGAAAAGGAAGUCGUUUUCUGAUCCAGAAGAUAUUAGCGAGUCUAUGAGCAAUCAAUACGAUUCUUCUGGGGAGGAAUCUCAGUCAUCAAACACUGCCAGUUCAAAAUUGCAGUUGGAUGAAUAUGAUGACCAGCUUCUGAGUUCAAAAGCUAUAUUGAGCAAAACUUUGAGGAGAGAGUUGAGGCGACAGCAGCGUGUAGCAGCUGAGAGAAUGUGUGACAUCUGCCAACACAAGAUGCUUCCAGGGAAAGAUGUGGCAACACUCUUGAACAGGAAAACUGGAAAACUUGUUUGCAGUAGUAGAAAUGUGAAUGGGGCAUUUCAUGUAUUUCAUAUUUCCUGCCUAAUACACUGGAUACUUCUCUGUGAGUUGGAAAUUCGUACAAAACUGUCAGUUGGUCCUAAAAAGAAACGGAGAUCUAGGAAAAAGAGUGGGGCUAAAUGCAAUGAAGUUGGAAAGAAUGGUGAGAUAAAAGCUACAAGAAAGCAAAUUUACUCAGUUUUCUGUCCAGAGUGCCAGGGCACAGGGGUAAAUAUCGAUGGAGAUGAGCUGGAGAAACCAACUGUCCCUCUUUCUGAGAUGUUCAGAUAUAAAAUAAAAUCUAGUGAUGCCCGCAGAGCAUGGAUGAAAAGUCCUGAAGAGUUGCAGAAUUGUUCCACAGGAUUCCAUCUUCCUUCCCACUCUGAAGAAAUGUGUCAGGAAAAUGUGUUGCCACUGAAGUUGCUGCACUUCUAUCGUGCUGAUGAGUAG